AUGGAAACAUCAUCUAUGCUUUCAUCUUUACAUGAUGAAUGCAGAUCAGACAAUUACAUUGAACCUCAUUACAAGGAAUGGUAUCGUGUAGCUAUUGAUGCUUUAAUUGAAGGAGGUUUAGAAGCCUACCAAGAAUUUCUUUCCAAAGAGAGAUGUUCAGAGUUCCUAGCAGAAGAAGAAAUUAAUUAUAUUUUGAACACAGUUCAGAAACUUCCUCAAAACACAGUUUAUUCCUCUGACAAUGCUGUUGAUGAUACCUCUUCCUCGGGUACUUAUUGGCCUAUUGAAUCUGAUGUGGAAGCUCCGAACCUUGACUUGGGCUGGCCCUAUCUGAUGCCUGGAAUAUCUGGAGGUACAAAUGUUGAUCUACUUUUUCAUCCACCACGAAUACAGCCUUUCACAAUAAAGGAAACCAUUAGGAAGAUGAUAAGAGAAGCAAGAAAGGUCAUUGCCAUAAUUAUGGAUAUGUUUACAGAUGUGGAUAUCUUCAGAGAAAUUGUAGAGGCAUCUACCAGAGGGAUUGCUGUGUAUAUUCUGCUUGAUGAGUUCAACUUCAGUCACUUUCUUAAAAUGACAGAAAAACAGGGCUUUCAAGUUCAGAGAUUCAGGAACAUGAGGGUGCGGACAGUAAAAGGACAAGAUUAUUAUUCCAAAUCAGGGGCAAAAUUCCAUGGAAAAAUGGAACAGAAAUUUCUUCUGGUUGACUGUAAGAAAGUCAUGUAUGGUACUUACAGCUUUAUGUGGUCAUUUGAAAAAACCAACCUCAGCAUGGUUCAAGUUAUCACAGGACAACUGGUUGAAUCCUUUGAUGAAGAGUUUAGGACGCUGUAUGCCCGUUCCUCUGUUCCUAGUUCAUUUGCCCCAGAAUUAGUUAGGGUAAAUAGUCAGAGGAUACUCUGGGAGAAUGGCAUAUGCCAGCAUUCACAGUCUUCUUUAGCUUCGGUUUCCAGCCAACGAAACCUUUUUGGUAGGCAAGACAAGAUUCACAAACUAGAUCCCAUUUACUUGAAAACUCGAGGAAGAUAUGCAGUGAAUGAAAUAGAUACAUAUGGUUUGAGAAAUCAAACCUACAACAAACUACCCUUUCAUCCAGGUUUUAACAUGCAAAAUAAAAUUCGGCAGAAUCAACCCAGUGAACAAAACGAGCAUUGGAAGAGACAUAGUUAUGCUGGGGAAAACCCAGAAAGGACUCCUUACUUUUUGCUACACAGAGCUAUUAAUCGGGCCAAUAAUCUAUCAAAUACUAGGAAGAUGCCGUCUGAUAGCCUUAGUAUUGUAUCUUCAUUAAAGGGAGGCUAUACAAACAAUUGCAAUGCACCCCAACAAAGUUUUGCUGAUCGGUUUGCACAGCCAAAGAUAAAUAUUGCAGAAAGAAAUUCAAUUGUACGGAGGUCUUUCAAUGGAACGGAUAAUCAUAUCCGCUAUCUGCAGCAGAGGAUGCCAACCCUUGAACACACUACAAAAUCAUUUCUCCGUAACUGGCGAAUUGAGUCAUACUUAAAUGAUCAGUCAGAUUCUGCUGCAGAUUGCAGUGGAUCAGCAGUCGGUGAUAGGUAUGAGGGCUAUGACACAGCGGAAAAUAUUAAAGCUCAUGCCCUUUAUUCUCAUUCUCGCCUGAGGUCAUCAUUAGCUUUUAAGCCAACUUUGCCAGAACAGCAGGAAGUAAGCAGCUGUACAAGUUCUUCAAAUUCCACUAUCGUUGGUUCAGAGGGAAGUGAAACACCUAAAGGGACGCCCAAUCAUAUCCCGAUUGUGAAAAAUGUGACCGACAAAGAAUCAGCAGAGGUCAGCACUAACGUCCCACCUGACUCAGAUGAACCAAAAAAGUCUGGAAUGCAGGUUGCAGAAAACAAAAAACCUAUUUUAUACCCAAAUGCCACUCAGGACCCAUCUAUCUACAUGUACACAGCCUUCUAUGUAAACAGACCGGCAGAAAAUGUGAAGAACCACCAAAAUGAAAAUAUACUAAAAAGGCGAAGUUUCCCUAUAUUUGACAACUCCAAGUCCACUUUGGAUCAUGGUGCCAACAAACAGGCGGCCAGCUAUGUGUACAGCACACUGACUAGGCAGAGACUUAAGCGGCCAGAAAAUCUAAAGCCCCCAGAGGAUACAAUAAAAAACUCUAAAAGCUUUCACAGUGUGACCAACCACAUAGAACAUGAAGAGAAAAAUCUUGAAGAAGAAUCAAAGAGCCCCACUACCACAAAGGCCAUCUCUGUGGCUGCUCUAGCCGAAGAUAGCAAAGAGGAACCUAGCAAAGAAUGUACUUUAAAGAAAGAAAAUAAGAAUUCUCCAAGUUUCCUGAAAAAGGGAUCCCAGAAACUGAGGUCAUUGCUGAAUCUCACACAAGACAAGAAGGAGAACUUGUCAAAAAACAAAGGCCCUGUGUUUUAUAGAAUGUGCAGCAGUUCUGACACGUUGGUUUCUGAAGGCGAAGAGAAUCAAAAGCCAAAAAUAUCUGAGACUAAGGCUGAUUCCUCUCCAAGAAAAAAGAGGACCAUCUCAUCCAAUUCACAAGGCAGCUUGCAUAAAAGUAAGGAGGAUGUCACUUUGAGCCCACCAAAGUCUCCCAAGCCACCAAAGUCUCCCAAGCCACCAAAGUCUCCAAAACCUCCAUUUGAUGAAAGCAGUAAAAAGUGCCCUACUUUGUGCCCCCCUGAAAAGUUCUUAGAAACUCGAGGAGAUGCAUCCACUCCAAGAUUUAAUACUGAACAGAUCCAGUACCAAGAGAUGAAAGAAGCUAUAACUAAUGCUACCCAGGAAACUGCACCUGUUUCUAGUUCUCCACAAAGAGUAAGCACAAUGACAUCCCAGCCUGGAAACUCAAAGCACAAAGAGGAGUUAUUAAGAUCUCGUUUGAGUGAAAGACGUGUUUAUAGUCGCUUUGAGCCAUUCUUGAAGAUGGAGAGCUCUGGUCAGCCAGCAAGAAAUACACCCAAGAGCAGUACACACCUCCCAGAAACAAAAAGCAAAACCUUAGAGAAUAACUAUGCAAGGGGCAAUCAGGUGGCUCAUUACAACUCGACUGUAUACCGUCCAUUACAGCCAAAUGAAAACAAGCUUCGAGGAUUUAUGCAAAAGUUUGGAAACUUACUAUACAAAAACAAAUAACACCUAUAUAGUCUGAGGACUGUGUGAAAAAUAGCAAAGGCAGCAGGACUUUAAGUAUUUAACUGACUUAGACGGAUGGGGAGGCCUGUAAAGUUUACAAGGGUUUCUGCAGGGGUUAGAACUUUGGAAUUGAUGUAUAUGUUUUUAUGUAAUAAACCUAGAGUUAUUAUACUUCCGUCAUUACACAAGUUCUGUGUCUAAAAGGUGUUUUAAAUGAGAUGUUUAUAAUGUUUAUACUGUAAGAUUAAUUUGAGCUAGAUACUUUCCCUCAUUCAGAAAGUAUGUAAUAAUAUCUUAUAAG